AUGCAAUUUGAAAGCUCAGAAGCAAUGGUCAUCAUCCAGACCAUUCUCAGCACCGUUGAGACGAAGAUCCUCCCCAGUGUGGAAGCAAAGGAAUUUUUUCAGAGAAAUCCAUUCUCCACAUCCCUUAGGGAAGCUGGGAGGCAUCCAACCUACAAUUCCAGUUUUGCAAACAGCUUGUUGCAUGGAGUCAUUCUUCCGUCGUUGACUCGGGAAUCGGCAACCGCUCCGUGUGCAGGCUUCAUCAUUGGGAUGAGUUUUGGACAGCAGCGCACUCUUUGGGAGCACCAUGGGCUGGGCAUCAUGGUGCAUAAGGCUCACUGCGUCUGGCGGGAGCAUUACGUCAGCAGGAUUCAGCAAGCUGUCGACAACUUCCUUACUUCCGGGAAAGCUUCCACCUCCAAGAAGAAUAUCAAGGCAGCUCGCGAGCUGUUCUCUGCUUCCGAGCAAGAGUCUCCAAGUCGCCCUCUCUUCUACGAGGGCGUGCAGGACGUCCUCAAGACACUGUACACUUGUCCCGAGAGGGCCUCGGGAACUGCACUCCGCGCUGGCGACAGUGAUGACAAGAAGUUGUGGGGCCAUCAGUUGCAUGCCCGCUCCAUCCGGGAUGUCUUCUCGCUGCAAGAAGAAGCCUUUGUCCUUUUGACCAUCCGCAAGCACUUGUUGAUUACGUUUGGCCGUCGCAUGUACGCGGUUGUCGCGCCUCGCUCGCAGCCUUUCAUGCCGCAGCCAAUCGCAGUGACGGACCAUGGUUCCUUGGCUGUCCUACCUGACUUUUUGGCACCGGCUCCAGCCCUUCCUGCCAUGAUCGAUGAUGAUGACGAAGUGGCAGCCUCGACACAGGUAGUUGCCCAGGAUGUUAAGUACUACCGCGGACUCCUCAAAGCGUUGGAGCUUCAGGAGUCGCUCAAGGAGGUCUCGGUUCUCUUCAACUUGUACGACGUGUUUUCUGCCUUGCCUGCUAGUAGCAGCAGCAGCAGCAGCAGUAGUGAAGACGAAGGAAGCAUGUCAUCAUCAUCAGGGAGUGAUGAGUCUUGCUCUUCUUCCAAAGGAACAACACAACGUCGUCUCAAGAAGGUCUCGAAGGUCUCGAAGGACGGGCCCAAGAAGGCAUGUGCUCGCAGGAAGCUUCGCUUGAGGCCGCGCCCUGCGGGUUUCAUAUACAGCAAGAAGAAGGACCCCGAGGGCGGGGUCGAUGUGUGUGGAUACGUAAUAAUGGUUCAGGGAUUUCGAAGGUUUAGGCGACAAGAUGUCGAAGCCAAGUUGCUCGAGGGCCUGUUUGUCUGUGGGAACGAUGACGGGAAGGGAUGA